CCAAAAGUUCGAGACGUUUUCAAGGCAAAGGUGGGUGUGCUACGAGAAUAAAAACCUGCGUUCACGGACACAUUCGGAGCUUAUAACGCUUUUGUCACCGAUGUGAGGGACGUGAUUUCGCUGCCCGUUGUUUUGACUUUGCCACCUGCUACAAAUGGCCUGCUGUGAAAGCAAUAAGGGGGGUUUAGAGGAGGACAGCUAUGAUGGAGCUGUUGGUGGAGUGCUGUCUGACUGUGCUCUGGCUAUGCUGGAAAAAGAACAGGAGUCCAUUCUUAGCCCUUCAGAGAACCCUAGUGCCUUCAUGAGCAGCAGCAGCUUUCAGGCUGCCCCCCUGCAGGGCUACGAUGUGGAGUUUGAUCCACCGCUGGAGAGUAAAUACGAGUGCCCCAUUUGUCUCAUGGCUUUGAGGAACGCCAUUCAAACACGCUGUGGUCACCGCUUCUGCAAGAGCUGCAUUGAGAAAUCCAUCCGUGAUACGGGACAGAGGUGCCCAGUGGACAACGAAAUGUUGUCAGAAGACCAACUGUUCCCUGAUAACUUUGCCAAAAGGGAAAUUCUGUCGCUAACUGUUCGCUGUCCAAACUUGGGCUGUGCCGACAAGAUGGAGCUCCGGCAUUUGGAGGAUCAUUUGGUGCAUUGUGAGUUUGCCACUGUGCCUUGUCCACAGUGCCAGCAGUCUGUGAAAAAGAGCCACCUAGAAGAGCACAUAACUGUUCAGUGCCAAAAAAGACCCAUGUCAUGUCCAGACUGUGUGGCAUGCUUUCUUUAUGAGGAGAGAGAGCUUCAUCAGCAACAGUGUCCCUUUGCCAGUGUGAAGUGUCAGUACUGUGAGCUGGAGCUCGUCAGAGACCAGAUGGAGUCUCACUGUGACACAGAUUGCCCAAAAGCACCUAUUGCCUGUAACUUUAGCAUCUUUGGAUGUAAAGAAAGGAUGCAGCGCCACAACCUGGCUCAGCACAUGCAGGAGUUCACACAGAUGCAUAUGCGCUACAUGGCUGAAUUUCUGCGUGGCCUUAGCCUCAAUGGUACUACACCCAAACCCCUGAGGACUUUAGGACCUUCACUUUCCUCUGAGGAUCAAGGAGCUGCACCAUCAGUACCGGCCUGUAGUGGGCCCAGAGGGGCUGCAGCUCUGAGCUGCAGUAGCAGUUGUGCUCCAGGUCCGUCUAGUGAAGAGAUGCAGCAGAGGCUCCGUGAGAUGGAUGGACGAUUGGUGAAGCAGGAUCACCAGCUCCGUGAACUCAUCAUCUUAAAAGACACCCAAGCAGGCCAGCUAGCAGAGCUCAGGCGUAGAGUGUCCAUGCUGGAGGAUACAGUAAAAGAGCUGGAGGCCCAACAUUGCAAUGGUAUCUUCAUCUGGCGCCUCAAAGGUUUUUCAGUCCACCUGCGGAACCAAGAAGCGGGCCAGCCAGUGGUUGAGCACAGCCCCGGCUUUUACACAGGCCGCCCAGGCUACAAGCUGUGCCUGCGCUUACACCUGCAGACCCCCAAUGCCCCUCGCUGCUCCAACUACAUCUCCCUAUUUGUGCACACCAUGCAAGGAGCUUUUGAUGGGCAGCUUACCUGGCCAUUUCAAGGAACCAUCCGGCUCGCCAUCCUAGACCAGGGCCCUGAGGGUCAGCAUCACAUGGAGGCAAUGGAGACUAAACCAGAUCUACAGGCCUUCCAGAAGCCGACAAUUCAGCGCAAUCCCAAAGGAUUUGGCUAUGUCACCUUCAUGCACCUGUCUCAGCUGAGUCAGAGAGCUUAUGUUAAAGACGACACUCUGCUCAUCCGCUGCGAGGUGACGCCGCGUUUUGACAAUAUCCUUCACCGUGAGGGACCAGCUGUACAGCCAAGAGGACCUGAGGCAUUUGCUUCAAGAGACUAAAGUCGCACUCCUUCGUGUGGGAUCUUCCACAAGCUGACAUUUAUGGUACCUCUACCAGUGUUUUAGUAAUUCAGUAAAGUUCAUUUUUAAUUGAUGGUGAUCAAGUGGAAGAAAAAUUGACAUUAACAACCUUUUAAAAUAGCUAGUAUUUAUUUUUUUUCAAGAUCUCAAUGUUUGUUGUAAUACAUGUACAGCAGAAUUCAUUUAGAUCAUUAUGAGAGAUAUGUACUUUAAAUCUACGCUGUUAAGACCAUGUGAACUGUAUCUAAUCAGCUCAGCACCACAGGCUCUCUUGCUAUUGUUGUAGAACACAGCAUGAGGACUUUUUGGUUUUGGGUUUUUAUUUUUUACCUCUAGUGUCAUUUUUCAAUCAUUGUUUAAAGAGCAGAUGCCUUUUUUGGGGUUUUUUUCCCUUGUCAUCUGCAAGUGUAUAGGAUAUGUGGAUAAUGUAUUACAUAUUCUUAACAGCAGAGGAUGAAAAUGACAGGUUUUUAUAAAAUGCUCAAUUAAGUGAACAGGCUUAAAUCCCUAGAAUCAGUUGUGGGAAUUUGUUGUAACCACAGUCGAUCAUAUGUUAUCUAAUAUUGAAUCAUGAACCAAAAAAAAGGGUCACUAGGUAACAAUGGAAAGUUAAACGCUUAUAAUUAUUAGCAUAGACACAAUCUUAUUUUCAUUCCCCUUAUGUGUGCUUAGUCUACUGACUCACCUUGGCAAGCCAAACCAAUGGAAGCCUAGAGGCCCCCCCCCCCCCCCCCCCCC